AUGAGUGUUCCAUUGUGGUGCACCAUCCCUACUGGAUUUGAAGGAAUCGCUCUGAAAGAGGUCGGAUCUAUGUUUGGUGAUGAGUGCAAGUUAGGAGCUGUAAAAGAAAAAGGAAAAGUCUAUUUCCAAGUCUCCAGGGAAAACUUCUUAAAAGUAAAAGAAAUGAGAUCAGCAGAUCACUUGUUUGUAUUUGUGGAGAGAUUUCCAGACUUUUGUGUUGACGAGUGGAACAUCAAGGAAAAGCUGGAAGAAUUGCCUUCGCAAUUGAAAUGGAAUGAUGCGCUUCAAGUGUGGCAAGAGUAUUCCGGAUUUGAAGGCGCAGUCAACAAACUGAAGCAAAGAAAUGGAGAAGGUGAUGACGUCAGUGCUCCAUCAUCUGAUGGCGUCACUCGACCUCGAUUUCGUGUCACAUGCAAUCGAUCAGGUCGACAGCACAUGUUCUCUUCACCUCAAGCCGCCUCGUACUUUGGUGGUGCAAUUGACGAUCACUUUGAUUGGAUUGUGAAUCUGAGUGAUCCAGACAUCGAAGUCGUUCUCAAUAUUUAUAAUGACUCGGCAAUCGUUGGCAUUGCUCUUACCAAAGAGAGUCUACACAAACGAGAUAUCAAGCAUUUUGGUGUGAUGACACUUCGGUCGACAAUCGCAUAUGGAUUGCUCAGUUUGGCUGAUAUCUCACCCGGAGAUCUCGUGUGUGACCCCAUGUGCGGCUCAGGAGCAAUCAGUGUUGAAGGAGCUGUUUCUUGGUCAAAUUCGUAUCACUUGUGUGGAGACAACUACGGUAAGGCAGUAAGGAACACAAAGGCAAAUGCUCGGGAACAGGAGACUCGAAAAUGUGGUUUUAUCGAUGUCUGUCGAUGGGAUGUAUGCAACUUGCCUCUGAGAAACGAAUCAAUAGAUGUCAUUGUCACUGACAUGCCAUUUGGUAAAAGAAGUGGAUCUCGAGCACAUAACAAAAUACUCUAUCCCCGUGCAUUGAACGAGAUGGCUCGAGUGUGUAAACCAGGCAGCAGUCGAUGCGUCAUUCUCACCAAAGAACAGAAAAUCAUGAUGCAAAUUCUACGUGGCAGUCGGUGGUGGACACAGAAAUUGAUGAAUUCAGUGAACGUUGGUGGCAUAGCAGCUGGUGUGUAUACUUUAUCUCGUACUGUAAAUGCUUACAGCGAAUAGUCUUGACUCAAUCGUCUAAAAUUAAU